UCCCGAUCCCCCUCCCAGCACCUAUUCUUGUCCUAUCCAGUGUUAGUCCAAAGUACCUCUUCUUUUCCCCAUCACAUCUCUCUCUUCCCCUGUUGUCCAACUCGGUGUCACCCUUGUCCCCACCAUGUCCCUCCUUGUCCUCUGGUGUCCACCCCAUCCCCAUCAUGUCCCACCUUAUCCCCCGGUGUCCAGCCUCAAUGCCCAUCCCAUUCCCACGGUGUCUCACCCUAUCCCUACCAUAUCCCUCUCCAUCCCUUCAUGUCCAACCCCAGCGUCCACCUCUUUCCCCAUCACAUCCCUUCAUGUCCCAACCUUGUCCCUCCCUGCCUGCCCCAGUCGUGUUGCUGCGGGGCGGGGCAGAGGGGACACGGGGACAGCAGUCCUCCCCACGGUCCGUGCCGCACCCUUAAAUGCGCGGUGCUGGCAUGCGCGCCCACAGACGCAGCGGCGGCGGCAGCGGGAGCAGCCCCACAUCCGUUGUUGCCAGCGGCUCCUUUCUGAGCUCCCUAACCCUACCGUGGGGUGAAGCACCGGCCAUGACGGAGAGCCUGGUCCUAUCCCCAGCCCCAGCCAAACCCAAGCGGGCGAAGGCGUCGCGGCGCUCGGCGUCGCACCCCACCUACUCGGAGAUGAUCGCGGCGGCCAUCCGUGCGGAAAAGAGCCGCGGCGGCUCCUCGCGGCAGUCCAUCCAGAAGUACGUGAAGAGCCACUACAAGGUGGGCCAGAACGCCGACCUGCAGAUCAAGCUCUCCAUCCGGCGUCUCCUGGCUGCCGGCGUCCUCAAGCAGACCAAAGGGGUCGGAGCCUCUGGUUCCUUCCGCUUGGCCAAGAGCGACAAGGCCAAGAGAUCCCCAAGGAAGAAGAAGAAGGCCGGCAGGAGGUCCACAUCUCCCAAGAAGGCGGCGAGGCCCAGGAAGGCCAGGUCACCGGCCAAGAAGCCCAAAGCCACCGCCAGGAAGGCCAGGAAGAAGUCGCGGAGCCCCAAGAAGGCCAGGAAGCCAAAGACUGUUAAGGCCAAGUCGCGGAAGACCUCCAAGACCAAGAAGGUGAAGCGGUCGAAACCCAGAGCCAAGUCUGGUGCCCGGAAAUCGCCCAAGAAGAAGUGAGCAGCCUGGGGGCUUCGCCCAGGCUCUCCCCAUUGGUUUCUGUAAAUAGCUUUUGCCUUUAUUUUUACCUCUUUCUGUUUGCAAAUUUUAUAAGUUGAUCUAUUCCUAACAGCUAAAACAAGGCAAAGAAUGAA